AUGCGUGGAGAAUGGAAUAGGCUACAAGCUUUAUUUCUUAGAGAAUGUCCAUAUGCAUAUUAUGUGCAUUGCUUUGCUCAUAAGCUACAAUUAGCUUUGGUUGCAGCAUCUAGAGAAGCAAAAUCUGUUCAUCAAUUCUUUGAGAAUUUGAAUUUUAUUAUCAACAUUGUUGUUGGUUCUUCAAAACGCAAUGAUGAAUUGCAAUCUGUUCAAGUUGCUGAGAUUGAAAGUAUGAUUGCUUCUAAUGAAAUUGAGACUAGAAGGGGGGCCAACCAAAUUGGUACUUUGCAACGACCUGUAGAUACUCGAUGGUCUUCUCAUUUUAAUUUUGUUUGUAGCUUGAUAAGAAUGUUUCAUGCUACUUGUUCAGUUCUCGACAUUAUCUCAAAGGAGGGAACCAACUAUUCUCAGCGCAGUGAUGCUGAAGCGACUUAUAUGGUAUUAACAUCAUUUGAAUUUGUUUUGAUAUUGCAUUUGAUGAAAGAGAUUAUGGGAUUUACUAAUUGUCUUUGUCAAGCUUUGCAACAAAAUUAUCAAGACAUUUUAAAUGCUAUGAAAUUGGUUUCAACUACAAAAUCACUUCUUCAGAAUUUGAAAAAUGAAAAGUGGGAGCAUUUCCUUGAUACUGUUAAAUCAUUUUGUGAAAAAAAAAAUGAAAUUGAUGUUCCUGAUAUGAAUGCUCGUUACACUAGAGCUCGAGAUAGAUCAUGUCGCCAAAAUGAAGAAUCUUUCAUGACAAUGGAGCAUCAUUUUAGAAUUGAUGUAUUUAUUGCUGCAAUAGACUUCCAAUUGCAAGAAUUGGAUAAUAGAUUUAGUGAGCAUGCAGUGGAACUUCUUCGUCUUAGUGCCACUUUAAGCCCUCAAGAUGCAUACAAAUCAUUUAAGAUCGAUGAUAUAUGCAGCUUAGUUGAGAAGUUCUAUCGUCAAGAUUUUAUCGAGCAAGAGAAAAUCAUUUUGAGAUUUCAAUUGGAUCAUUAUAAGCUUGAUGUGCCAAAACAUUCAGAUUUUCAGAAUAUGCCCACUUUAUCUGAGUUGUGCAGAGGAUUAACAAUUUCAGGAAAAUCGAAGAUUUAUAAUUUGAUUGACAGGUUGAUUCGUCUAGUGUUGACUCUCCUUGUUUCUACCGCUACUACUGAACGAGCAUUUUCUGCCAUGAAACUUGUAAAAACUAGAUUACGUAGUAGAAUGGAAGAUGAGUUUCUAGCAGAUAAUUUGGUAGUUUAUAUCGAGAAAGAAAUUGUUAAGGAUUUCACUACAGAGAUGACAAUGGAUGAGUUUUAUUCCAUAAAAGAUCGUCGAUGUUGA